GACAGUGCUGCGAUGGAGCUCGCGCUGGCUCAGCUGACAGCCCUGCUGCUUAUUGGGUUUGGGCACUGUGCCAGUCCGUGUUGGUCGGGAGAUUUUAGCUUUGCUCGCUGCUGUUUGGUGGACAGCCCUCAGUGCUGGGGCGGAGCCUUUUCCUACGAGAGAUGUUGUCGGCAGACUCCCUUGCUCUCAGCACCCGAGGUCGAGAGCGUCAAGAAGCUGAAGGGCGAGGCCCUGAACUGCGGCUGUUCCAAGCCUGAUUUGAGCCACCCAGCCUUUGAGGGAGGUCCAUUUACGUGGUGUAAGUUUUACCAAGCCAUCAUGCUGAAUCAGGAUUUGCGGCCUUUUUACAUGCCUUUUCUAGAACUGUCAGUUGAAAUGCUGGCCGCCUGCCCCUUGGGCAGCUUAGCGAUGCUCCUGCUGGACGCCUCCUUGAAGAUGUCUGUCAAGGAACCACCACAGCUGGCCCAGAUGCCAAGUUUCCUUCGGGCGCAGGAGAUUCUGCAACUCAUCUUGGAUUCUGGCGUUCCUUUGAUGGAGGUCACAACCUCCGGCUGGAUGGUUUUCAAUCAGGUAAGUGUGCUCCGUUCAGCUGCGCAGCGCCGUGGGCACGAUUUGGACCUGACUGGAAGCUGUAUGCAGAUGCCAGCACCAGAAAGCCUCUCUGCGAGGAUUUUGCAGACCAUGAUGGAGGGUAUUAACUUCCUCCCGGUAGGUACCCCUUCGAUCUUACAGCUCUUCCUAAAAGAUUCUGAUGCAGCUGGCGCCGCUAUGUCCAUGCCAACAUGCCCAUUGGUGGGCCCUGCAAUGUAUUUGUUAUUGGCGUAUUCCAACCUUCAGCAAACUGCUCCCGAUCAAGCGCAACUUCAUGUUCCAGGAGCGCCAGCAAGUCCCAAGGAUGAGGCGGAAUUCAUGAUCAGGCUUGGAGACCAAAAAUUACGUGCCGCGCUGUCCAACCAAAGCUCUGGCGCGCUAGGCUUGAUGUUAGUGACGCCUUGGCCGAUUCCAGAACUCUUGGACUUGCUAAGCCACCCAGGUAGGGUGAAUCUGACAGUUCAUACUGCCAUGGAGGAAAUCCUUCACCUUCAGGAGGGACAUCCGCUCUGGGAUAAAGCACAGCUCGGCAGAAGCAGUUAUUUCUUCCGGGUGAACCCCUACCGAGAGAUGGUUAGCGACAUGGUCCGCUAUACGAAAAUACCAUUCUGUGGCUUGAAGCCUUUCUUACGAAUGGUGGCCAAUGUUGCAAAGGCCGCUGUGGAUGCAGGUUGUGCUUCGCAAGGUGUCUAUCUAGAAGACAGUCGGGUUUGUGAGUUCACCUUCGUCGAGGGAGGGCCACACUUGGGGGACUGUGCAAUGUGGGCCACCACGGUGCUACGUCUGGUUGGAGUUCAAACAAGAUCUAUUGCUUUCGAACCUUUGCCUGAUGCUGCUGCACUUUUUCAGCAGAGUGUCCUCGAGAACGGCCUAUCAUCCCAUGUCUCGGUUCGCAAUGCGGCGCUUGGUCAGAGCAGCGGCGCCAUGACAGAACUGAUCCAUUUCAGAGGUCACAAUGGCCAGGCUACGGUGAAUGGUCAAGAUUUUCCUUCUCAAGAUCGCCGAGAGGUGGUGACCAUCCCUGCCUUGGAACUGGCUUUGGACGAUCAGAUCCCCCCCAGUUGGCCUCGCAUCGAUGCUCUGAAGCUCAGCGUCAAUGGAGCUGAACGAAACACUCUCGCAGGAGCGCGGAAACUUCUCAACAAGCGUCGAAUUUGCUCAGUCCUGAUGCAUGCUACCAAGUGCAAGAGGGGGCGCAGACCUGCGAGUGAGGAUCCAGCACCAGGAAAUGUCUCCAAGUUUGCGCAUGACUUGAUGAUGUUCUUGGAAGAAGGG